AUGGUUAGACCGCAAGUAUGCGUUAUCUCUGUUGGGUCUCAUGCUUUCCAGAUCUCAGAAGAUGGUAUUGAUGCUACCCAGUGGGGCGUGUCUAUUGUCACCGCUCUAAUGUGCUUGCAACGGACUGUUGUGGUUCGCCUCUUCCCCGAUGAACUAUAUGCCAAGAUUGCUCGAUUUGUCGGAGCCUUGCCACGGGAGCUGGAUAAUCAAGAAAUGAUCAGACGGAUGGAAUGUUUUAUUGCACCAUAUGUUAUUAGUGGCAAGGCAGUCGUCGAUUACGGGCCACGCAUUGGCGCUGAUCGCUGUGAUAUGUGUCGAGGCACCCUAUGCUGUGAUGGUGUAUUCUCCUCGCUCUGUCCAAAGGCGGUCGACGCCUCGAUGGGCGGUGAGACUGAUCAACCUAAUCUGGGGGCGUACGUACAAGAGUUACGUGUCAAUGGCAGCAAGCUUGUUGCAACCGAAAAGGAUGACAUUAAGAGGGACGAGCUUAUUCAGAGGUUAAAGUCAAACAUUAGAGCCUUCGGUGAUCAGGGGCUUACGGUUGUCGGAGAGGAAAUGGAGCCUUGGGACAACUCGCUUUAA